AUUGGAUGCCAACCGCCGUUGAACCUCAUCGAAGAAGAAAGAAGCGUGCGUGCGUGCGUGCGUGUUAUCCCUCAGAUUCAUAUGCUCACUCUUUGCAUUUUCUGUCAUUCUGCGCCUCGACUCAACCAUGUCUCUGUUGAAGUCCAGCAAGGUAAUCUCCAGUAUUGGGACUUUCUCCCCAUCCCUGGGAGUUUUGUCUACCCGUAACAGUUCAUGGUGGGGUGGAGUUCAGAUGGGCCCCCCUGACCCCAUCCUGGGGGUGUCGGAGGCCUUCAAGAGGGACACCAGCCCGAAGAAGAUGAACCUGGGGGUGGGGGCCUACAGGGACGACCACGGCAAACCCUUUGUGCUAGAUUGUGUCCGCAAGGCAGAGGCUCUGAUUUCUUCCAAGCAGUUGGAUAAGGAGUAUCUGGCCAUCGGUGGUCUGGGGGACUUCACCAAGUCCUGCGCUCUGCUAGCCCUGGGGGCUGACAGUGAGGUCCUCAAGAGUGGCAGGAACAUCACUGUCCAGACCAUCUCAGGAACCGGCUCACUGUGCAUCGGAGCCAACUUCCUGUCUCGUUUCCACAGUGCGUCCCGUGACGUGUACCUGCCCAAGCCCUCCUGGGGGAACCACACACCCAUCUUCAGAGAUGCUGGCAUGCAGCUGAAAGCCUACCGCUACUACGACCCCUCCACCUGCGGCUUCGACUUUAACGGGGCGCUCGACGACAUCUCUAAAAUGCCAGAGAAGAGUGUGAUCAUGCUGCAUGCCUGUGCCCAUAACCCCACCGGUGUGGACCCCAAGCCUGAGCAGUGGAAGGAGAUCGCUGACCUGGUGAAGAAAAGGGACCUGUUGGUGUUCUUUGACAUGGCCUACCAGGGCUUUGCCAGUGGAGAUAUUGAUCGUGAUGCCUGGGCUGUUCGUCACUUCAUCGAGCAGGGCCACAACAUUGUCCUGUCGCAGUCGUUUGCUAAGAACAUGGGCCUCUACGGUGAGCGAGUGGGAGGGUUCACUGUGGUGUGUAACGAUGCCGAGGAAGCUAAGAGGGUGGAGUCUCAGCUGAAGAUUCUGAUCCGGCCAAUGUACUCCAACCCUCCAAUGAACGGAGCCAGAAUCGCUGCCACUAUUCUCAACACACCAGACCUUUAUAAAAUAUGGUUGGAGGAGGUCCACGGCAUGGCCAACCGCAUCAUCAAGAUGAGGGAGCAGCUGGCGGCCAACCUGAAGAACGAGGGCUCCACUCACAACUGGCAGCAUGUCAUCGACCAAAUCGGCAUGUUCUGCUUCACAGGCCUCAAGCCUGAACAGGUUGAGCGGCUGACUAAAGAGUUUUCUGUGUACAUGACCAAGGAUGGUAGAAUCUCCAUGGCAGGCGUCACCUCUGGCAACGUGGGAUACCUAGCGCAUGGAAUCCACGCCGUCACUAAGUAAAAAGGAGAAUGCUGGGAGGAACAGUGGGGUGUGGUGGCGCUGGACACAAUCCAAAACAAAAUAAAAAUGCCCCUUCACCCAUCCCUUACAGAGGAGCUGGACAUUCUUUAAGACUGUCAAUUGUUCAACUUUGCCCUCAACCCUCCUUGGGGUAGCGAUGUUUAAUGGUUAGUUCCCUGUGACCUCCCCAACGAGGCCACCAUGUCAAAGUUUGUUUAAUGAUGGUCCAAUGAUCUGCCCUACAUUUGACUAAUGAGCUGAUGUCUGAUGUCUCUCUUCUACACUUAUUAAACUUUGACAUACAAUAAAUAUUAAUUAACUUAAUAAAUGGCUUAAUAAUGACAGGUUAAUAUUCUCUUUUAAACCUGCUUUGCCUGCUGUGGUCCAAAUUGCUGUCAGGCUACAGAUGAGUUUACCAACACUUAGAUUCUGUUGUGUGUGUUAACUGUGAACUCUUGUCUGUCAUUGCAUAUUUUAUGUAGGAUGUGAAAGUUCAACUUUUCCUCAACAACAGUAUAGUAGCAGAAAACUCAUUUCCAGAUAACAAUUAGUUAUAAGAUUGUCUGGCACUACUUUUAGAUGAGAUACGGUAAUUGAUAUUUUAGUAUGCUUUAGAAAUGGACAAUGUAUGAUCAUUCUGUCCUUUCACUCAGCCUCUGUGUUGAUGAGUGAGCAGCCAGCCAGUCUUAAAUGCCUACUGAAUGUCCCUCAACCCCCCCCCCAAGCACUUGGUUUAUGAGGUUUUAAAAGUGCAAUAUACAGAAAUCACUCUGCCAUUUCCUGGUUGCUAAAAUUCUAAUAGUUAACCUAAUUUAAGUAGACUUGUUUUGUCAAUGUGUAGAGAAUCAUUGUACCAUCUAAACCGCUGGGAAAUAUAUCUUAAAUAACCAGAAGUGUUGUAUUUUCAGCUGGUGUACAAACUGGAAGUAAGAUGCAAAAAUGAAACUUAAUCGUAAGCAGAACAGAUCUACUGCUUCUUAGACUUGCUUUCAAUGACUGAUCUAUAACUAAACAUUUCUAUGUGAAUUUGUUCCAAAAAGUUACAAUUUGCAGCUUUAAAAGGAUAGACUGUCCUAUGAUGGUGCUCUUGUAUUUCCACAAGAAAAGUCAUUUCACAAGUGUUAUUUAGAUCACGGGGUGACUCCUAUCCCCUCCGUUUCAGAACCAAGAGGUUAAAGAACUUUUUUUAAUACAUAUAAAAGUUGUAUAGACAGUGUUUUGCACUAAUGAUCAGCCUUCAAACAUUUUCUCUGUGUGUCUUUCUGAUUGUAACAAGACAGAUUGUCUACUCAUGAAGAUUAUUGUCACCAUGUUCGGUUUAGAGCAAAAUAAUAAACCAAUACGGAGCAUCGGUUAUGUCUUUCUCUGAACAAUUAAUAAAACAUCUAUAAUUGAAAUAA